AUGAGCCACAGGCCAUGCAACGCUCUUCUUCUCGCACAACCUCCAAAAAGAACUGGAAAUUUUGAACGUCAUCACAAAAAUCAGUCGAUCACAGUUUCAGGGUCUAUUGAGAUGCGCCCCUGCACCCCCAAAUGUAGAAAUGCCGACAAUCAGGUCUGA